GAAGAAUCACUAGCGAUUCAACUAACAGAGUUUACCAAGGAUUUAGCCAUCUGAACAAACUGAAACAGGACUAACUGUACAAUUGGUGUCAGCCAACUGCAUGCUAGGAUCAUAUCCUUCAACUAAGAAAAUGUGGAGAAAAACUGUUUCUGUGGUCGUGGUGAUUGUUGCAUACGCUGCAAUUGGAGCAACACAAUCAACUACUAUAGGAACAACAAGCCUAACAACAAAUGGAGCAACUGAAUCAUCUUCAACUGAAGCGACACUAUCAACUGCAGCUGUGGCAACACAAUUAUCUACAGUUGGAGCAACACAAUCAACUACAAAUGUAGCAACACAAUCUACCACAAAUGAAACCCCACAAUCAACCACAAAUGAUGCAACACAAUCAACUACAGCUGGAGCAACACAAUCAACUACAAAUGAUGCAACACAAUCAACUGCAGUAGGAACAACACAAUCAACUACAGCAGGAACAACACAAUCAACAACAAAUGAGGCAUCACAAUCAACAACAAUUGUAGCAACACAAUCAACCACAAAUGAAGCAACACAGUCAACUACAAACAUUGGAACACAAUCAACUACAAAUGCAGCCACACAAACCUCUACAAAUGCAGCAACACAAUCAACCACAAGUGAAGCAACACAAACCACUACAAUUGGGGAAUCACAAUCAACGACAGCCGGAGCAACACAAUCGACUACAGCCGGAGCAACACAAUCAACCACAGUUGGAGCAACACAAUCGACUACAGCCGGAGCAACACAAUCAACGACAGCCGAAGCAACACAGUCAACCACAUCUGGAGCAACAAAAUCAACUGGAGCAAUACAAUCAACCACAGCUGGAGCAACGCAAUCAACCACAGCCGGAUCAACACAAUCAACCACAGCCAGUGCAGCACAAUCAACUACAGCCGGAACAACACAAUCUACCGGAGCAACACAAUCGACUACAGCCGGAGGAACACAAUCAACCACAGCUGGAGCAACACAAUCAACCACAGCUGGAGCAACACAAUCAACCACAGCUGGAGCAACACAAUCAACCACAGCUGGGGCAACAGAAUCGACUACAGCCGGAGCAACACAAUCUACUGGAGCAACACAAUCAACCACAGCCGUAGCAACAGACUCGUCUACAGCCGGAGCAACACAAUCUACCGGAGCAACACAAUCGACCACAGCUGGAGCAACAGAAUCGACCACAACUGGAGCAACACAAUCAACCACAGCUGGAGCAACAGAAUCGACUACAGCCGGAGCAACACAAUCUACCGGAGCAACACAAUUGACCACAGCUGGAGCAACACAAUCAACCACAGCUGGAGCAACAGAAUCGACUACAGCCGGAGCAACACAAUCUACUGGAGCAACACAAUCAACCACAGCCGUAGCAACAGAAUCGACUACAGCCGGAGCAACACAAUCGACCACAGCUGGAGCAACAGAAUCGACCACAACUGGAGCAACACAAUCAACCACAGCUGGAGCAACAGAAUCGACUACAGCCGGAGCAACACAAUCUACCGGAGCAACACAAUCAACCACAGCUGGAGCAACAGAAUCGACUACAGCCGGAGCAACACAAUCUACCGGAGCAACACAAUCGACCACAGCUGGAGCAACAGAAUCGACUACAGCCGGAGCAACACAAUCUACCGGAGCAACACAAUCGACCACAGCUGGAGCAACACAAUCAACCACAGCUGGAGCAACGCAAUCAACCACAGCCGUAGCAACACAAUCAACUACAGCCGGAACAACUGAAUCUACCGGAGCAACACAAUCUACCACAGCUGGAACAACACAAUCGACCACAACUGGAGCAACACAAUCAACUACAGCUGGAGCAACACAAUCAACCACAGCUGAAGCAACACAAUCGACUGGAGCAACACAAUCAACCACAGCCGUAGCAACACAAUCGACUACAGCCGGAGCAACACAAUCUACCGGAGCAACACAAUCAACCACAGCUGGAGCAACGCAAUCGACCACAGCUGGAGCAACACAAUCAACCACAGUGGGAGCAACACAAUCAACCACAGCCGGAGCAACACAAUCUACCGGAGCAAAACAAUCGACCACAGCUGGAGCAACACAAUCGACUACAGCCGGAGCAACACAAUCGACCGGAGCAACACAAUCGACCACAACUGGAACAACACAAUCAACCACAGCCGGAGUACCACAAUCGACUACAGCUGGAGCAACACAAUCUACUGGAGCAACACAAUCGACUACAGCCGAAGUACCACAAUCAACUACAGCUGGAGCAACACAAUCUACUGGAGCAACACAAUCGACUACAGCCGGAGCAACACAAUCUACUGGAGCAAUACAAUCAACCACAGCUGGAGCAACACAAUCGACCACAGCCGUAGCAACAGACUCGUCUACAGCCGGAGCAACACAAUCUACCAGAGCAACACAAUCGACCACAGCUGGAGCAACACAAUCAACCACAGCUGGGGCAACAGAAUCGACCACAGCUGGAGCAACACAAUCUACUGGAGCAACACAAUCAACCACAGCCGUAGCAACAGAAUCGACUACAGCCGGAGCAACACAAUCGACCACAGCUGGAGCAACAGAAUCGACCACAACUGGAGCAACACAAUCAACCACAGAUGGAGCAACAGAAUCGACUACAGCCGGAGCAACACAAUCUACCGGAGCAACAGAAUCGACCACAGCUGGAGCAACACAAUCAAUCACAGCUGGAGCAACACAAUCAACCACAGCUGGAGCAACAGAAUCGACUACAGCCGGAGCAACACAAUCUACUGGAGCAAUACAAUCAACCACAGCUGGAGCAACAGAAUCGACUACAGCCGGAGCAACACAAUCUACCGGAGCAACACAAUCGACCACAGCUGGAGCAACACAAUCAACCACAGCUGGAGCAACACAAUCAACUACAGCCGGAGCAACACAAUCUACUGGAGCAACACAAUCGACCACAACUGGAGCAACACAAUCAACCACAGCCGUAGCAACACAAUCAACUACAGCCGGAACAACACAAUCUACCGGAGCAACACAAUCGACCACAGCUGGAGCAACACAAUCAACUACAGCUGGAGCAACACAAUCAACCACAGCUGGAGCAACACAAUCGACUGGAGCAACACAAUCAACCACAGCCGUAGCAACACAAUCGACUACAGCCGGAGCAACACAAUCUACCGGAGCAACACAAUCAACCACAGCUGGAGCAACGCAAUCGACCACAGCUGGAGCAACACAAUCAACUACAGCUGGAGCAACACAAUCAACCACAGCUGGAGCAACACAAUCGACUGGAGCAACACAAUCAACCACAGCCGUAGCAACACAAUCGACUACAGCCGGAGCAACACAAUCUACAGGAGCAACACAAUCGACCACAGCUGGAGCAACACAAUCGACUACAGCCGGAGCAACACAAUCGACCGGAGCAACACAAUCAACCACAGCCGGAGUACCACAAUCAACUACAGCUGGAGCAACACAAUCUACUGGAGCAACACAAUUGACUACAGCCGGAGCAACACAAUCGACUACAGCCGGAGCAACACAAUCAACCACAGCUGGAGCAACACAAUUAACCACACCUGGAGCAACACAAUCAACUGGAGCAACACAAUCGACUACAGCUGGAGCAACACAAUCAACCACAGCUGGAUCAACACAAUCAACGACAGCCGUAGCAACACAAUCGACUACAGCCGGAGCAACACAAUCUACCGGAGCAACACAAUCGACCACAGCUGGAGCAACACAAUCGCCCACAACUGGAGCAACACAAUCAACCACAGCCGGAGCAACACAAUCGACCACAGCUGGAGCAACACAAUCUACUGGAGCAACACAAUCGACUACAGCUGGAGCAACACAAUCGACCACAGCCGGAGCAACACAAUCUACUGGAGCAACACAAUCAACCACAGCCGUAGCAACAGAAUCGACUACAGCCGGAGCAACACAAUCUACCGGAGCAACACAAUCAACCACAGCUGGAGCAACACAAUCGACCACAGCUGGAGCAACACAAUCAACUACAGCCGGAGCAACACAAUCAACCACAGCUGGAGCAACACAAUCUACUUCUAUAACAACUGCCGCCGCCCUUACCACAAUUACUACAACUACUCUAGCCCCCACAACGACUAUCCCCACCACAACCACCACCACAACAACUACAACUAGACCACCAUCUCGUCCCGCUCCUACUUUUGAGAUUCGUGCUGUCCUACUCAUCGUAUUUCAGUCAGCUCUUUCCACCGCAGGGAGCCCUGAGUUCCAGCAACAAGCGGCAGAGGUUGAAAAUGCUUGUGAUUUGAUCUAUCAACAACGUUUUGGAUCACGGUUUGUGCGGACCAUUGUUACAGCAUUCAGGCUGGCUACUCGAUACAGAACGGAUGAAGUUGAGACAGAUGUCAACGUUGUGUUCAACGAGAGUUCAAUUGAAGCCCUCCCCUCAAGUUCUGUUGUCGUUGAAGCCCUGUCUUCUGGCGCAAAUGACUCAAGUUCAGGUCUUUCCGUGGUUCCUGGGUCCAUAGCUGUGAGAAAUGAACCCAAAUCAACAGCCAUUGUCCAGUUCCGUACCAAUGAUACAUUUAUUGCUGAUCUUUUGAAUUCUUCUUCGGUUGCCUUCAGUGAAAGAUCCUCCCUUGUUAAAAAAGAGCUUGAGCCAUUUUUCUUUGAAGACUACCAGCCAGAUUUCAUCAGCCUCACACCAACAAGCUACAGCCAAGGAUCUAUUAUCCAUGAGGCGAACAUGACCAUAACCUCCAAUGCCACAUUCCCCACUGACACUCAGGUUAUAGCCACCCUGACUAGAGCUGCCUUGGGUGGAAAUUUGUCUUUUACCAUCAUCUUCAUUAACAGCACAGCGGUGUCAGCUGGUGCAGUCAGCAGCAGUGUUAACCUCCUGAGUGCCUGUGGACUCACCCUCAUAUCGCUCCUUGUGGCUCGGCCCUGGUAGACCCAGAGAUCUCUCACCUUUGACCUCACAUUUGAGUGGACCAUGAAGAGGAAAUGUUUGAUGGAUCUAAUUCCACCUUCAAAUGAUAAAUGAUGAGUUGUAUUGUUGUUUAUUGUUUUGAUUAUUGUUUGUGAUCAUAACCCAUUAAUUUAUAUGGUAUAUUUAUUUAAUUUAUAAUUCAUAUAUUUUAAUUGUUAGAGGAAAAUUAAACCAUGUCUGUGUUCUAAGAUUUUCCUAAACAUUUAUAUUGUUUUUUUUAUGUACAAAGAGAUACAGUAUCAUGAAUUGCUGGUUACUAUGUUGAUAAGCUAUUAUAUGUAUUUAGUUACCAAAUAAUACAAUUGUUGGAGGAAAAACAAACCACGUCUGUUUUCUAACUCUACAUUGUCAUGGAGCUGACAUGUAAAACAUAUGGUGUCUAGCUAUACACACUGCCCUUCAAAAGUUUGGGGUCACUUAGAAAUUUCCAUUCCACUCCAUUAUAAACAGAACACCAGCUGAGAUCACUUGCAUUCUUAUUUUAAUCAGGAAAGCAGUUUUCAGAUUAUAUCAUGUUAUUACAUAAUUGCAAAAGAGUUCACCAAUGUUUUAUCAGUUGGCCUUUGAAAAGGAUCAGAUUAGUAAACUGAGUGUGCCUUUGGAACAUUGGAUGAAUGGUUGCUGAUAAUAAGCAUCUGUUUACUUAGAUCUAUAAAGAUCCGAUCAAUUUUCUAAUUUGCAACAUUAAUGAUGAAAACAAGGACCUUUCUAAGUGACUCCAUCAAACAAAGCUGAGCUGCUUGAUGUUUUGUGCCAGGAGUGGCAGAAACUCACCCAACAGCAAUGUGAAAGACUGGUGGAGAGCAUGCAAAGACAGACCAAAUAUGUAUGGCUGAACUCAUCCUAAGUUAAAACAUUAGCAUUGUAUUUUUUCUGAUGAAUAAACAUGAACUUGUU